GAUGAUGAUAGUACACAGUUACUACACAGUUCACGAUUCAGCCACGCAUAGAUAUAUUGCACGUUUUUUCUUUUCCCCGGUGGAGCAACUUGCGGCUGUUUAGAACGCAAGAACUGGAAGAAUUUCAUCAGUUCUCGCAGAACUUUGAGCCGGUCGUGCACUUUAUUACCCUAGCUCUGUCCUCCCGACAUGAUAAUCUACACGAACCAAGGAAACCCGUUUGGGUUGAAGCUGCUAAUUUGUGCGAAGUUUGCUGGCGUGGAUGUACAGCUGAAAACGGUAACUCUAAACGAUGGCGAGCUGAAGGAGAUGAAACAUCUGCCGAUUCUGCAGCUACCGAGUGGGGUUCAGCUAUUUUCGACGGAUGUUGCAGCGAAGUAUCUGCUGCAGGGUGAAACCCCCGUUAUUCAGCGUGACGAAUGGCUGGAGUGGUCCACUACCCGGUUAGCACCGGCGCUGACCCACAAUAUGGCCAUCGGUAGUCGACAGGAUCCGAACACGAAACCGAUACUGAAUUCGUUGGUUAAGUUUCUUGACGACUGCUUGAGUAAGAAUACGUUCCUAACGGGGGAGAAGAUUACGUCGGCGGAUAUCUCCGUGUGGAGUUUACUGGCACCUGAUGGAACACUGAAGGGAGCCCAGAAUAUCGAUAAUUUGUUGCGGUGGUAUCGAGCGAUUCAUGUUAUGCCGCAGGUGAAGCAAGCCCUCGAAUUGCUUCCUUUGAAGGAGCUAAGCUUCGCGUCACUCCAACAAGCUAAUCAAUUUGGUGGACUGCAUCAUAUCGUACUUGAUCCGGAGAUCAUCGACUUCGAAGGCCAGGUAUUGGUUGAUACCUCGGACAAUAUCGCCGCCACGGUUCAGAAGGAGGAAAUUCAGCUGGCAAAGGAUUCGUUCGUUGUUGUUGCCGAACAGCCAGCUGAGGAAGAGAAGAUUGUCCUUCCGAAGGCGGGUCAGAAGAAUAAUCUAAUCACAUCGGCGCUGCCGUAUGUGAAUAAUGUCCCUCACCUGGGAAACAUCAUCGGGUGCGUCCUGUCGGCGGAUAUUUUCGCACGCUACUCUCGACUCUGUGGGUACAACACUCUAUUCAUCUGCGGAACGGACGAGUACGGAACAGCAACGGAGACGAAGGCUUUGGCGGAGAACUUAACGCCCAAGCAAAUUUGCGAUAAGUAUUUCGAGGUGCACAAUUCGAUUUAUCGUUGGUUCGGUAUUGGGUUCGAUUACUUUGGAAGAACGACCACGGAGGAGCAAACACGGAUCGUACAGGAGAUGUUUGUAGAUUUGUAUAAUGGAGGGUUCAUUGAAACGCGGGCCGUAGAUCAGCUGCUUUGUCAGAAAUGCGAACGCUAUCUGGCUGAUCGGUUUGUCGAGGGAACCUGUCCCCAUCCGGGAUGUGGCUAUGAGGAUGCCCGUGGCGAUCAGUGUGAUGCUUGCGGGAAACUGGUUAACGCAAUUGAAUUGAUUCGUCCACGGUGCAAGAUGUGUAACAGUUCUCCAGUCAUUUGUCAGUCCAAUCAGUUCUUCCUGGAUUUGCCGAAAAUUGAGCCCGCGCUGCGGGAAUGGGUUGAUCGAGCGGAGAACGGAUGGACACAUAACGCUCGCGUAAUCACCCGUGCUUGGCUGAAGGAAGGUCUCAAGUCUCGCUGUAUUACCCGUGACCUCAAGUGGGGUAUUCCCGUUCCGCUUGAGGGAUACGAAGACAAAGUGUUUUAUGUGUGGUUUGAUGCCCCGAUCGGUUACAUCUCAAUUACCAGCCGAUACAGCAAGGAAUGGCGUCAAUGGUGGCAGCCGGACGAGGACAAAAAGGUUGAUCUGUAUCAGUUCAUGGCCAAGGAUAAUGUUCCCUUCCACUCGGUUAUGUUCCCGGCUUCUUUGAUCGGUAUCAACAAAGGUUACACACUUGUUUCGCACAUUAUGGCAACGGAAUAUCUUAAUUAUGAGGAUGGAAAAUUCAGCAAGAGUCGUGGCAUCGGCGUGUUCGGCAAUGACGCCCAAGCCACAGGCAUUCCGGCUGAUGUGUGGCGUUUCUAUCUUGGUGCAGCUCGACCUGAGGGUCAGGAUUCAAGCUUCAGCUGGAACGAUUUAGCUGCUCGAAACAACAAUGAACUGCUGAAGAAUCUCGGUAACUUUGUUAACCGUGCGUUGGUUUUCUGUGAGAAAUUCUUCGACUCGACUGUUCCGCCCAUGGUGCUGAACGAUGAUGAUUACACUUUAUUAGCGCUUGUUAAUCGCGAACUUAAGGGAUAUGUCAACCAGAUGGAACGAGCCCGGCUGCGGGAUGGAAUCCGGCAUUUGCUUGCAAUCUCCCGCUACGGUAAUCAAUACAUGCAGUCGGAAGAACCAUGGGUACUAGUGAAGGGAACCGAUGACCAGAAGGCACGUGCCGGAACCGUUGUCGGAUUGUGUGCCAACUUCGCCUGUCUGCUGGCAACGCUAAUCUUCCCAUUCAUGCCAACAAUUGCGCGUAAUCUGUACACCCAACUCAACGUUCGCGGCGGCCGCAUCGAUCCGGAGAAACCUCAAAUGCGCAUCCUGCUUCCAAGUGGACACAAAAUCGGUAAGCCGGUCGUUCUCUUUAACAAAAUUGAGCAAGCUACGAUUGAUGAGCUGAAGAAAAAGUACGGAGGCAUUCAGCAGCAACAAGUGCCAGCAUCACCGGCCUCCCCGAAAAUUGCCUCGCCGAGUAGCAAAUUGUUUACCUCGUUGAAAGAAGCGCAACACGCCGUUGACGAACAGGCCGCCAAGGUUCGCAAGAUCAAAUCCACCAGCACGGACAAAGGUGUCUGGCAGCCGGAGGUUAACAUUCUGCUCGAGCUGAAGAAGCAACUGCUGUCCUACACGCAACCACGCACGUCUCAGAGUUUGUCCACUCCCACGGAGGAGACACCGCCGGCUGUACCGGCACAGGAUGUCCAAGCUCUCGAGGCUGAAAUUGCCAAACAAGCGGAAAAGGUCAGAACGCUGAAAGCUAGCGGGGAUAAAUCCGUCUGGCAGCCGGAGGUGGCCGUUCUGUUAUCGCUGAAGGAAAAACUAGCUAAGUUGACCGGUACCGUUCCUGCCGCACCCGCCGGAUCCGGGAAGAAGAAAAAUAAAAAAUAAGCACAGCUCAAGUCAUACUACGGCUAUUAUCGAAUCACAUACUAUACAAUGUUCAUUGAACGGUCUUUCUCGCUUGUUCAGAAAUUAAAAUCACUGCAUAAUUAA